AUGUGUGCAGCACCAGGGGGUAAAACAACACAUAUUGCCUCUUUAAUGAAGAAUACCGGUGUUUUAUUUGCCAAUGAUUCUAAUCCAUCAAGAAUUCACGGGAUAAUUGGAAAUAUUCAUCGAAUGGGCGUAAAUAAUUGUGUUGUAAGCAAUCUUGAUGGUACAGAAUUUGCUAAAGUCCAAACACAUUCUUUUGAUCGAGUAUUAUUGGAUGCUCCAUGUUCAGGUACAGGUGUUAUAUGGAAGGAUGAACGUGAUUAUGAAAAUAUAAAAGAACGUUUUACACUUCAAAAACGUUUACUUUUGGCAGCAAUAGAUUCAGUUAAUGCGCAUUCUGGUAAAAAUGGAGGUUAUAUUGUUUAUUCGACGUGUUCAGUUUUGGUUGAGGAAAAUGAAGCAGUUAUUCAAUAUGCUUUGGGUAAAAGAUAUGUUAAAAUAGUUCAAAUGGGUUUGGAUGUUGGAGUGCCUGGAUUUACAAAGUUUCGAGAAUAUCGUUUUGAUCCAUCAAUGCAAAAUACUCGUCGUUAUUACCCACAUGUGCACAAUAUUGACGGGUUUUUUGUUGCAAAACUUCGCAAAGUUUCAAAUGAAAUAAAGAAGAAAAAAGAGAAAAAUCAAAAGGACGACGAAGAAACUAAUAAAUCAAAAUCAAAAAAUAAGCAAAAUAAAGGAGGAAGGAGAGAGGAAACUGAACAAGAAGAUAUGGAACAAGAUGAGGACAAGGGGGAAGACGAAGAUGAGGGGGAAAACGAAGAUGAGAACCAAUCUGAUUGA